AAAGCGUGCCGAUAUACGCCCAAAACAAACGACUUGCUGUCAUCUUUAUUAUUCUAAUCUUUGGUCCCGUCGGUCAGACGGAAUUUUGGAGUAAUCUUUUGCAACAUUUGGGGCAUCGCACGCCGACAGAAAAUGUCAGCAUUCGAUCACAUUGUGGUCGUAAUCGCUACGACGGAAACAUCUACCGAUAUCAUCCCAUCUUCAAGAGGAUUAUAGGCGGGGAUGAAUCCAAUGUUGCUGAAUGGCCCUGGUUAGUCUCACUUCAACUUCAUGGACCGAGGAUGCGGAAACGUUCAGAUGCUCGAGUUUUUGAUUUAGAAAACCUAAAUCAGGCAUCUCUCAAACAGCUGGAGGCAGCGAUGGCUGAAAUCCGAUCACGGUUAAAGGAUAUUUCGCCCGAAAGUUAUGUGGAUGACCAAUCGGGUGAAGAACUUGACGCGAAUUCGUCUCUGACUGGACAUAUUUGCGCGGGUGCAUUGAUAAGUCCAUGGUGGAUUCUGAGUGCAAGACAUUGUUUUGACGAAGAAACCCAUCCGCUUUUGAGCUCCUCGCCGGACAGAUGGACGGCCAUUCUGGGUGAGCACAAUAUGAACGAAAUAGACGCUCAGCAGGCGGAAUACGAAAUUGCCAAAAUAAUAACGUUUCCGCAGACUGAUACAGCCAGCGAUGAUUCAACGUUCAAAAGUGAUAUCGCCUUGUUGAAGCUAGCUCGACCCGCGGUGCUCAACGAAUACAUACAAAUUGUUUGUCUACCUUACCCAGAGGAAGUGUUCGUUGAGGGACAGAUGUGCUCGGUUGCUGGCUGGGGGUUUACCGAAGAAAACGGCGAGAUUUCAAAAAUACCAAGGCAUAUCCGUAUCCCCUUGGUUUCAACAGAAACUUGUCAAGAGAAGUACUCAAAAUUUCGGUUUCCUACUAUUCAGGAAUGGAUGAUUUGUGCCGGAGGAGUUCCGGGAAAGGAUGCUUGUCAGUAUGACUCUGGUGGUCCUCUGGUUUGCCGCUCUCUAUCGGACAAUCAGUGGAUCGUUACGGGAAUUGUGUCCAUCGGUAUACGGUGUGCGUCUCAGUAUCCGGGAGUCUACACGAAGGUUACCUACUUCCUUGACUGGAUUAGAAACGUUACAAGCACAUUGUGA